ACGUAGAUACUUUGAAAACGUCAGAACGGAACAUACAGGGUUGCCUUUUGGUUAGCUCUAGCUAGUACUAAAUUUCCCACUGUUGUUGUUGUUCAGAAAUAAGUAAUUAUAAUAACAAGCUUGCUUAUUAUUUCAUAUUUAAAGAUUGCAGCCUGAUAGCUAGUUACACGUUCACUGUAACUUACUAUCAAUAGACACGUAUUUGUUGUUAUACCUGGUUGAACGAGCUUCUGCAAGCGAAUAAUUUAUCCAGCUAGCUUGCUAAAUAGAGAUAGCUAGAAUGACAAGUAGGAUAGAUUACAGCGUGUGGGACCACAUUGAGGUUUCAGAUGAUGAAGAUGACACUCAUCCAAACAUCGACACUCCCAGCCUUUUCAAAUGGAGACACGAGGCACGUGUGGAACGAAUGGAGCAGUUUAUGAAAGCUGGUGAGGACCUGGAGAAGGGGCUGGCUGAAGCCAGGCGUAAGUUGACUGAAGCUCAAAAAAAGACGAAGAAUCUGUCCAGUUCAGCCACGGACGACGCCAAAGCCGAGCUGAGUAAGGCGCAGGCUGAGGAAAAGAAACUUAAGAAAGAGGAGCGAGAUUGGGAAAAGAAACUAGAGGACCACCGACGAGAGGAGAAGAAGAUGCCAUGGAAUGUGGACACCCUGUCCAAAGAGGGCUUCAGCAAGAGCAUUAUGAACAUUAAGCCUGAUGUGAAGGAGGAGACUGAAGAACAAAAGGAGCAGAAACACAAGACCUUUGUAGAGAAGUAUGAGAAACAGAUCAAGCACUUUGGUAUGUUGAAGCGCUGGGACGACAGCCAGAAAUACUUAUCGGACAACCCUCAUCUGGUGUGUGAGGAAACCGCCAACUACCUGGUCAUAAUGUGCAUUGACCUGGAGGUGGAAGAGAAAAAAGCUCUAAUGGAGCAGGUUGCCCAUCAGACCAUUGUGAUGCAGUUCAUCCUGGAGCUGGCUAAGAGUCUGAAGGUUGACCCCCGCGGCUGCUUUCGUCAGUUCUUUGCCAAGAUAAAGACUGCCGACCAGCAGUAUCAGGAUGCCUUUAACGAUGAGCUGGAGUCCUUCAAAGAGAGGGUGCGUGGCAGGGCCAAGAUCCGCAUUGAGAGGGCCAUGAAAGAAUAUGAAGAGGAGGAGAGGCAGAAACGUCUGGGGCCUGGAGGACUUGACCCUGCCGAGGUGUACGAGACCCUUCCUGAGGAGAUGCAGAAAUGUUUUGACGAGAAGGACAUUGCCAUGCUGCAGACUGUCAUCACCAAGAUGGACCCAACGGAGGCCAAAGUUCACAUGAAGAGAUGCAUUGACUCAGGCCUUUGGGUUCCGAACUCGAGGACAGAUGAGGGAGAUGACAAGGAAGAAGACGCCACGUAUGAAGAGCUGAACAAGGAGAUGGGACAACAGAAGAUAGAAUGAUUCACAUUCAGGGACUUUAUGAUAGUGUUAUUUUCAUCAAUGUAUUCCUCCCUUCUUGCUACUCCCAAUGGUUUUUUUUUUUUUGUUUGGUUUUUUUCUCAGUGGAUUUGUUGUUAAAGUUUUGGAACAGUGUCAUGUACACCGUGUGUGUACAACAAUAUCAAACCAAUAUCAUUUGUUGAAUGCUUUUCUCUUUUUUUAAACAAAGUUCUUGCUUGGCAUCAUUUGUGCACACGUAUGUAUGUGUAAGUUUAUUACUUGACCUGGGGGAACCAGAAGUCCUAAGGUAAGCAUACGCUUGGUUUUGGGUUGAGGUUUGUUGUUAGUGAUAAGGAUAAAUAGGAUUUUGAUUGGAAAAUAAUUUUGGUCCUCAGGAGUACAGUAAAACAAGAAUAAUUUUGGUCCUCAGGAGUACAGUAAAACAAGAAUGAGUGUGGGCUAAUAUUUUGGCUUCCUUCCUUGUUUUAUUUUGAUGUUUUUAGUAGCUCCUGGGAAUAUAGAAUUUCUCUUUCACAUCUGUUUCUAUAUGUGUAGGGAUACCAAGUUGAUUUGAUUUGUAGGGGCAAAAGAAUCAUACCAUAAUGAUAUAACGUGAUAGUAUGUAAACAACAUCCAUCUGGGAUAGUCUAGGAAUAAGGCUGAACUUGUGAGCUAAUAUAGACUAUUUUGAAUUGUA